AUGGACAGAGUAGACCAAACUAUUCAAGAAGUAAGGCAAGUCAUUGCCGACAUUCCAGAGAAUUCACAAGACCGAGCAUUAUACUUGUUUCGACUCGCGGAACAGCUCAAUAGGAAGCACUCCACUACCGGCUCAAUCGCUUAUCUCGACGAAGGCAUUCGGAUUUUACAACUAGCUGUCGAUGUUGUGCCAGAGGAGCAUCCCAACAGGGGCAGGAUCAUACAUAACCUUUCUUCUCAACUUCAUGAUCGAUAUGCCAGAAAAAAGUCCAUGACUGAUCUCAACAAGGCCAUCUUGAUUGCCCGAGAUUCCAUCGACGCACUCCAAGAGGAUGACCCCGCCCUACCUUUAUUCUUUGGGGACCUGGGGAACCUACUCAUGGACAGAUACUAUGGGAAGGGUGUCAAAUGGGAUCUUGACGAGGCUAUUGACUGCACACGUCAAGCUCUCAACGCCGUUGCCAACAACGACCAGGCUCGUGCUUCAUUACUGGACAGGUUAGGUAUAAGUCUAGGACAUUAUCACUGGAGAGGCGGGAUUGGGUCUGAUCCUGCACUCAAAGGGUAUCUCGAAGAAGCCAUAACAGUCAGUCGCCAAGCCGUGGACCUUACCCCGAAGGACCAUCCAGCUCUUGCUGGUCGAUUGAAGAACCUGGGAACACAUCUGGGUCACAAGUAUCACUCUAUCAAGACGAAGGAUCAAGAUGAGCUUCGAGAUUGUAUCAUAUGCCAUGUCGCCGCUGUUCACGCGGAACAAUCACCAACACUUCAAAGAAUUCGGGCCGCGGAUGAUGUCUUGUCCUACUGCGCAGACGUACCAGACUGGGAUCUGGCUUACGAGGUAUCGACCAGUGCAAUCGCCCUAUUCCCAAAACUCAUAUUCCGAUCUCAUCAACACUCGGACAAGCUGCACAUGCUUGGCCAAGUCUCUGGAUUGGCCUCUGAAGCCGCCGCGGUGGCCCUGAAUGCUGGGAAGGACCCGGGAGUUGCGCUGACAAUUCUCGAAGAGGGAAGAGGCGUACUUUCUCAGUCUAUGGACGAGAUGAGAACUGACCGUGGGAGCUUGCAGUCUCAGCAUCCACAGUACGCAGAGGAGUUGAAUCAGCUUCGGGGUGCACUCGACGAUCCCUUGCAGUAUACUGACGCCCUAAUCGAUCCCGACGAGACUUGGCAAGGCGAAUCACAACGACAAAAAGAAGCUGACGAUAAUCUAGACAAAUUACUCUCCAAGAUUCGCAAAGAACCUGGCUUUGAAGAUUACCUACUGCCGCCCUCCGAAACCGACAUGAAAGCCGCCGCAGCAAAAGGCCCUAUAGUUGUAAUCAAUGUGAGUCGUUUCCGCUGCGACGCAAUCAUCAUCGGGCCAGACCGCUUUCGACUGGUACCGCUACCGAAGCUCACGCUGCCAGACAUCGAAGGCGCGUACAAGAUGCAACAAAUUGAGCCUUCAACCCCAUUUCAAAAGUUCGACUCGGUUUCAGAUAGCAAUUUCGACCUGUGGGAUGUCGUCGUAUCCCGCAAUGGAUGGGACGCUCCUUCAGAGUCGAACUGGGGUGGUUUGAGCAAGAAGCUGGCUGACGCUCUUGGGUCGCCAAAGGUACUUGGUUGGCUUUGGGAGGCUAUUACUGAGCCUGUGUUGGACUUUCUGGGAUAUGCAAGUGUACCGGGAGAUGGCUUUUGGCCUCAUGUCUGGUGGAUACCGACUGGUAGUCUCAGCAGAUUUGCGAUUCAUGCAGCUGGAGACUACUACCCUGGAACUCGCGAGACGGUCCUAGACAGGACUGUAUCCUCCUACAACUCCUCGAUCAAGUCAAUCAUCCAAGGUCGCCGUCAUGAAGCCGCUGUACGCGAAUCCCAAUAUGCUCUUCUUGUCGCGAUGGAGUCCACGAAGGGGUAUCGCGCAGAUCUACCCUUUGCCCCUAGAGAGAUAUCGCUGGUUAGCGAUAUCUGCAGAUCAAUGUCACUCAACCCUCUCCAGUCCGGCCAGCAGAAGCAGGACAUCAUCCCUCAUUUACGCGAUUGCACUAUCUUCCACUUCGCAGGCCACGGGCAAAGCGAUAAUCAGAACCCGUUGAGCAGUAAGCUGUUACUCAAUGACUGGGACAGCGACCCGCUUACAGUUACUUCGCUCUUCGACACAAAACUGCACGAAAAUCCGCCAUUUCUUGCGUAUCUUUCUGCUUGUGGGACGGGGCGUAGAGGUUCUCUGAUGAGAGCAUACACCUGA